UUCUGCAGGUAAAUCUGCUGCAGGUGAGAUUGACACCACAGAUGUCUUCAGCUGUCAGUUUGAGAACAUCCUGGAGUCGGAGCGUCUGCGAGGGACUCUCUACAGCAGCAUGGAUUCACUGGACGCCGUGUCAAACCCUGUGCCUGAACCCACUCCGCAAAGCACUCUAGAACCCUCGUUUGCCUUCGACAUUCCUCUCACUCCCAUGAUUCAGCAGCGACUCAAAGACAGGAGUCUGUUCCUGGAUCCAGUAGCACCUGACCUGAGCUCGGACACUGAGGUGUUGAGCGUCACGACCACAAAGGAGAGCGGAAAAACAGCUCUGGAGGUCACCUCAUCCUUUCUCUCAGCAGGAUGUAAGGACUCCGGUGCAGCUCUAGCUAACGGAUUAAACGAGAGAGAUUCUAAAGACUGGCUGCAGGGCUGUUUGAGCAGCGAUGCGGGGCUGAAGGACGUGCUGUCGGACUGGGACUCAGACAUGGAUGGUGUGGAAUGUCUUAAGGACACAGAUGUUCUCCACAAUGGCAGCCGGAGUGAUCAGGAAGCUGCCCGACGUCUGGCCAGACGGCUCUAUCACCUGGAGGGCUUCCGACGCUCGGAUGUUGCCAAACAUCUGGGCAAGAAUAAUGACUUCAGUAAGAUGGUUGCAGAAGAGUACCUCACAUUCUUUGAGUUUACAGACCAGACAUUGGACCAAUCACUCAGAUGUUUUCUGAAAGCAUUCUCGCUAAUGGGCGAGACUCAGGAGAGGGAGCGGGUGUUAAUUCAUUUCUCUAAUCGGUACUAUCAGUGUAAUCCCACCAUCAUCACCGCACAAGAUGGAGUUCAUUGCCUUACCUGUGCACUAAUGCUGCUCAACACAGACCUUCAUGGCCCUAAUAUUGGGAAGAAGAUGACGUGCCACGAAUUCAUCAAUAACCUCGACGGUCUCAACGGAGGACAAGAUUUCCCUCGGGAGCUGCUGAAGACAUUGUAUAACUCCAUCAAGAACGAGAAGCUGGAAUGGGCUGUAGAUGGAGAUGAGCUGAAGAAGUCUCUGUCUGAACUGGCGGAUAAGAACCAUCACUCUCACAGUAAGAGCAUCAGUCGCAUCAGCAGUGGCAGUAACCCCUUCCUGGACAUUGCACACGACCCCAAUGCUGCCGUCUACAAAACUGGCUUCCUGGCCCGCAAAAUCCAUGCCGACAUGGAUGGGAAGAAAACUCCAAGAGGAAAGCGAGGCUGGAAAACCUUUUAUGCUGUUCUCAAAGGCAUGAUCCUCUACUUGCAGAAGGAUGAGUAUAAGCCGGAGAAGGCCCUAUCAGAGGACGAUCUGAAGAACGCCAUCAGUGUGCAUCACGCUCUCGCCAUCAAGGCUAUGGACUACGAGAAGAAGCCCAAUGUCCUCAAGCUCAAGACUGCUGACUGGAGAGUUUUCCUCUUCCAGGCCCAGAGCCCUGAGGAAAUGGAGUCUUGGAUUAGAAUAAUCAACUCGGUGGCGGCCAUGUUUUCUGCCCCAUCUUUCCCUGCUGCCAUUGGCUCUCAGAAGAAAUUCAGCCGUCCACUGCUGCCGGCGACCACCACUCGAAUGUCUCAGGAAGAGCAGCUGAAGUCCCACGAGGCCAAGCUGAAGCACGUCUCUACAGAGUUAGCUGAGCACAGAUCCUACCCUCCAGACAAGAAGGUCAAAGCCAAAGAGAUCGAUGAGUACCGUUUGAAAGAGCACUACCUGGAAUUUGAGGAGAACCGCUACGAGAUGUACGUGAAGCUUCUGAAAGAGGGGGUGAAAGAGCUGCUGACGGCGAAGGACGGUGACGCAGCACUGAAGAAGUCGCAGUCCAGCCCUUCUCUCAACCAGGAUUCCCAGCCGGCCGCCGCCAAAGUCAAGCGCAACACAUCCGAGCGGAAGGAUUACCGGCCCGAAACUCCCAAGGUUACAUAGGCAGUGUUCUGCUUUUCUUUCAGAGAGCCAUUGUAUAUCACGCGUGACUGUAUUUUGAUGUAAUUUAUUUAUCUGCCGACAGUUGUAUCAGAAAACAUUUGUGUAAAAUGUCAAUUGAUCAAUUGAUUGGAAGUUGUACAUCUCUAGGUCUCCCUUGACCAGGCGGUGCUUGUGGAGCAAAUAGUGUGGUUUUCUUUUUUUAUUUGUUAGCGUGUCCAGAUUUCGUAGUUGCACUUUAUUUUACAGUGUGUGCACUUACAGUACACAGGAAAUGACUUAAUAGGGUUAAGGUUAGGUUUAGGUGUAGGACAUGGUGACUGUAAAAUAAAGUGCUAGCGAUUUUGUUCAGAGAACAUGACUGUCUCUUGAUUGUGCUGUUCCCCUAAUUUGCUUUUCCUUCAAGAGAAGUAUUUUCUUCGAGUUAGUGGAAACGUCCACAAGUAGAUAUCACGCAGUAGUCUCACACAGAGCGUUAACUGUUAUUUUAAUAUAUAAAUAAGCAACAGAUAUAAGCUGAAACGCUAGAAAGGAUCGUUUUGAGGAUCCUUCAGGAUGUUAAUGCAUGGAUACGAUGCGGAAUUUGUCACGAAAGCCUUUGGUUGUCGUUGCUGAUGUAGUUCACUAUUAACCACCUACUAACAAACCACCGAAUUGUCAAUAUAGCAUCUACUCGCGCGCAUUAAUGGAUCGUACCAGCAUGUCGCAGCAAUGGACCGAAACUCUAAACAGAUUAUUUUCUAAUGAUGAUUUCGAGGUACUUGCUGAGUUACGGCGUUUCAGACUGCGAGAUGACAUUAACGUCAUCCACUGUGCAGUUUGUGCCAUCUAUUUUUUUAUCUGUUUGUUGAAGUAAAGAGUAUACUUCUGCUUUUUCAGUAGUGUAAAUGCCAAUUCUCCUUUUGUGUAUUUUAUAAUCUUAUAUAUAUAUAUAUAUAUAUAUUUGAAUUUUUAAUUCUCAGUUCAGAACAUUAUUGUUGUAAAGAUGACAGUAGUAUUUAUAGUGCACUUUAUUAGUUCCUUUGACUCUUUUAGAGAGCUUUCUAAAGGGUAGUGAUAAGUUACUUCAUUAUAUCACAGGUUUUUCAAGCAUAACCAAAUGGAUGGUUGGUUUUAUUGAAGGUACACAGCCGAAGGUACAAUUUUCACUCGUGUAAAGUCGUGUUAGUUUGUCCGUGCUCGUGUGUGUUUUUGCUGUCAUGUUUAGGUUGUUCGAAGACACGGUUUGUAGAAGAAUUUAGAACAGGUUGCUUUUCGUGAUGCUGACUUUGAAUUUCAGAUGUCAUUUUCAUUACCGAUGACGUGAACACUAUAUGAACGUUCUACGCUGUUUAUUGCACACCAACAAAGAUUGUCCACGGUGGAUCUAUUUACUCAUUUGAGCUUUUAAAAGAAAUCUAUAUGAAAAGCUGUUCACAUUUACAGAUAUUAGUCCCUGAAGUCUAUAAUGACAUUUGUUUACUUGAAAUAUUUUUUAAGGACACUUUAUUAUUAUUUUUUUUUGUUAGAAUUUGACAGAUGGAAAGAAUUCGUUCAUAUCUACGUUGUGUUAUUACAAGCUCUUUCAAUGGACUUUAUAGAUUGUUGCUGCGUCAUGUUUUUUUUCUUGCUGUGAAAUCGCAGGACACGUAAUUUUUCUCGUCCAGUUCUGAACACAGAAUUAGCACUUAGAUAAUGUUUAUUUUUAUUUAUUUGUUGCAAAGUGUAGAACAAAAAUUAUUUUUGAGCAGUAUUUACUCGCAUAGUAGUCAGUACUAUAAAACUGUCAUCAGUAUGAAUGGCGAUGCGAAGAGAUAUGGACUCUUCUUUUAUGUGCUACAGUGUUUCAUGUUGUUUGUUCACGCUUCUCCAGACCAAAUAGUUUCCUGUGACACGUAACUCUGGCACUAACCCUUUAACAGUGCACGUCGUAGUACUUUUAAAUAGUAAUUCCAUUCAUUAUUAUUUUGCAUAGGACGGAAAUCAUAAGAAGAAACAAUAACAACAUGAAAAGUAGUCAGACUUGCAUAAUUAAAAGCAGUUAAGAGUCAGUUAUCUUUCUUAAGAUGAUAUUUUCGACUGAAACAUUUGCUUUGUGUAUGACUUUUAUUCUCAAGGGUGCAAACUACUCAUGUUUACCAUGAUGUUAUGCCACAGUGUUGUUUAUUUUUCCCUGAACUGAACUUGAUUGUAUACAUCUUGACUUUUUGUCCACGCAGAUGUCAUCUUUGUCUGUUUACUUUCUCAAACCCUGUAAUGUAUGAUCUCCUCUCAAGAUGCAAUUGUGUGAGUAUUGAAGGAGAGCAGCUGGUUUUAAUGCGCCUUAGCCAUCAGUUGGGCCGUUUGGUGUCCAAACUCGAUCUAGUGAACUCUCUCUUUUUUUUUCAUUUAGCUGUGAUCCUGUACUUCUCCUGUAAAUGUUGUUAAAUAUGCCUGUCGCCCUGUGUUCUGAAGACUGAAUUUGUUUGGUUGUGAUCGGUUGGCAUGAGCGUGUCUUACGCCUGUCCACAAAGAUCAGGGACACAAUGUUGGCUUCAGUGAAUAAAAUACUGUAUUUAAUCGUU